AUGCUGCCUUAUCUGUUCCCUGAGCUGUCCACCUUUACUACGGUCGCCGAUCUCAUCACCCACCUUCGCACUAGUGAUGCUCGCCUUCGUGCCGCCCUUCCCACCGAGUUCUGUACUAAGAACCCCCCUCCACUGUACUGGACCCUCCACUUCAUAGUCACUCGGCUCCCUGACACCCUCAGCUCAGUCCGUGACUACUUCCUUGCUCGCUGUCCCACUGAGCUCACUGUUGCCCUCCUAGAGGAGCAGCUGCUAGCCGCCGAGAAGAGCAUUGUCGCUGUAGGUGCUGCUCGUGGCGCUCCUCGCACCCCCAUCUUUGAGGGGUGCUCUCCCUCUCCCCUUGCCCCCUCCUUCGCUACUGCUGCUGCUGUUGACCUCCUUGGUGCUGAGUCUGCUGGAGCUGCUUCUGCCUCUAGUGGGAGGCGUCGCACCGGCAAGGGCAAGGGGGCCAAGGGUGGCGGCGGUGGCUCUGGGGGGGGAGGUGGUGGAGGCGGUGGAGGAGGCGGCGGUGGCGGCGGGGGCGGUGGCGAGAGUGCGGGUGGGAGUGCUGGUGGGAGUGGUGGCGGCGGUGGAGGCGGUGGCGGUGGUGGCGGUGGCGGCGGUGGUGGCCGAGGCGGCAGUGGCGGUGGCGGUGGUGGUCGGGGUGGCGGCACUGGCACUGGCCAGAGCUCUCUGCAGCAGCAGCGUCCUCAGACGACCCAGCAGCUUCGUGAGUGGCUUGCACAGCGUGGCACGUCUGGGGGCGGGGUUCGCUGUCCGUACGUCAUUCGCACAGGUGACCGCAAAGGACAGACGUGUGGGAGGUUCCACACCCAGUACCGCUGCUUCUCUUGUCUUGACGACGCUUGGCGUGAGGAGAUGGGCGAGGAUGAUGAGCGCCCCCGCUGGGCUGAUCUGAUGAGGGCUGGUGUUGAUAUCUUUGCUCUUGACUUUGAUGCUAUUAAUGCUGCCAUAUCCUAG